AUGAGCGCUGCAGGAAAACUACCUGAAGGCCUGCCUCAAACUCCGCCUGAAACUCCACCUGAAACUCCACCUGAAGCCCCAGCUGUUGAAGUGGCCGACCCACCUCAGACGGCCCAAGAGGCGGAAGGGCGUGUUGGUGAAGUGGCUGAUGACGCAGCAGAACCUGUGCUAGAUCAAUCAGCAAGAAGCCUCUCAAUGGUGCGCAAUGGCUUUGGCGCUGGCAGUCCAGUGUUCAUCUGCAUCAACGCUGGAGAUUUUGCAGGCAUGCUGCAGACUUUUAUGCAGACCAUGGUGAGGCAGACUGUCCCUGCCCUUGCUCCGCCUGACAGCCAGCUACAACCUGCUGGCCCAUCAUCUGCUAGGAUUGGUCCUCAGGCCAGCAUCAGUCCUAUUCCUGACCCUGAUAGAGAUGCUGGGCCUGCAAGGAGUCCUCCUCGGGCCAACUUGAGUCCUGAUCGUGGUCGAGAUGCUGAGCCAUCAUCUGCCAGGUCAUCUGCUGGUCCUCGUCAGCCCAACAUCAGUCCUAGUCCUGACCCUGAUAGAGAUGCUGGGCCUGCAAGGAGUCCUCCUCGGGCCAGCUUGAGUCCUGACCGUGGUCGAGAUGCUGAGCCACCAUCUGCCAGGUCAUCUGCUGGCCCUCAGUCCAGCAUCAGUCUUGAUGCUGAUAGAGAUGCUGGGCCAUCAUGUUCAAGGAGUCCUCCUCGGGCCACCUUCACUCCUGAUCCGGAACCAGAACAGCCCAUGCCAGGCCAAGAAGACGACGUAGUUUAUGUGGUAUCAGACGAAUCUGAACCCGAAUCAUAUGAACCCAAUCGCGACGCCAAUGGGGCUUUGUAUUAUAACCAGACAAGUCAAGGGCUGGUGCCCCAUGUGCUAAAUCCUACUUCAGAAAAAAAGCGACGUCCAAGAGGUACAAUUCCCGCCCCUGCUAAGAAAAAACCCAAAUUUAUUGACAGUGACGGAGAGGAUGAAGAGGACAGGUAUUUCAUACACACGGAACAUGGACUGGUUCCCGUGGCAUACCAUGAGAAGAAGGUGAAGGUGAAAAGGCCUGAGAGCAAUGAUCAGACCAAUGAUCCUGAUGAUCCACCACACUGUUCUCACAAUAGCGGCAAUGAGGAAAAGAAGAAGAAGAGGGGUCGCCCAAAGGGCUCUAAGAAUAAGCCAAAACCCAAGGAAGAUAAGAAUAACGGAAAAUGCAAGGAAAAGAAAAAGAAAGAUUCUGAUUCGGACGAUGAAGACACAAUUCGUUGCAAAAUCUGCAAAGAAAACAAUGGCAAGCAACUGGUGUGCACAACUUGUGGGCAUCUAUUUCACAAGGAAUGCCUGGAUAGGUGGCUCCAGGUGUCUGGGCAAACCUACAAACCCAAGAAGAAGUGCCCCUUUUGUAAUAGUCUUUUUGAAAGAGACUUAGAGUUGCGGCGUUCUGGGCACACGCAAGGAAGGACCAAAGCCAAGGACUUCAAGAACGUCAUCGAAAAGGGGCAGGUCACUGUGUUUGACGUUCACAAGACUGUUCAAGGUGGCCCAUGGCUCUCUGCUGGACGUGUAUACAGACUGUUUGGAUAA